AUGAUUCAACUUGCAAACAUUCUCCACUCCAAAGGCUUCUCUAUAACCAUAAUCCACACAACCUUCAACUCUCCAGAUCCUUCAAAGUAUCGUCACCUCACCUUCCAUUGCAUUCAAGAAGAGUUAACUGAAACUGAAGCCUCAACCACAGAUAUAAUAGAUCUAGUUUCAUUCCUUAACAUCAAAUGUGUUGCCCCUUUUAGAGAUUGCGUGUCGAAGUUGCUAUCUGAUGCUGCAGAGGAUCCUAUUGCUUGCUUGAUCUCAGAUGCUAUCUUUCACUUUACAAAUGCAGUUUCCAAAAGUCUUAAACUUCCAAGAAUAGUUUUAAGGACUGGUGGUGCUUCAUCUUUUCGUGUUUUUACUGCCUUUCCAUUGCUGAAAGAAAAAGGGUAUCUUCCCAUACAAGAAUCUCGGUUGGAAGAGACAGUGGCAGAGCUUCCACCAAUUAAAGUCAAAGACCUUCCAGUGAUCAACUCGCGCGACCCAGAAUCAGUAUACGAGUUAGUAGUUAGCAUGGUCAAUGAAACUAAGGCAUCUUCAGGAGUCAUUUGGAACACGUACGAAGAGCUUGAACAGUCUCCUUUAGCUGCACUUCGCCAUGAGUUUUCCAUUCCAAUAUUUCCAAUUGGCCCAUUUCACAACCGCUUCCAAUCCUCUUCAAGGGUUCCUAUGAUAUGCACGCCUCGUUUCACUGACCAAUUGGUUAAUGCAAGAUACGUAAGUGAUGUCUGGAGAGUUGGGGUGCAACUAGGGAAUGGGCUGGAUAGAGAGAAGAUUGAAAGGACCGUCGAACUGUUAUUAGCAAAUGAAGAGGGUGAAGCUAUUAGAAAAAGAAUCUUGAGUUUAAAGGAGAAGGCAAAGCUUUGUCUCAGCAAAGGUGGCUCUUCAUGCCAGUCCCUGGACAGCUUGGUUAGUCAUAUUUUAUCAUUAGAGCCCAUUAUUUUCCAGACUGAAUAA